AUUGCAUGUGUCAUGUAUGCGUAUGAAAGAGACGGUCUUGUCAUGUAGACCAUUGUAGGAUGUAGAUAGCGAGAUGAAUAAUAUUAAUAAUAAUAAUAUUAUAUGUAGGAUGUAACUUAGGAUUAUUGUGCCUACGUUUAUUCUAUUUAUUUUUUACGUAACAAAACAAUCGCAAACGGACUAGAUACGGCUUGUUCAACGUGUUGUUUCCGUGACAGCGGUCUGGAAAUCGUUUUAAAUCGGCAACGAAAUAAUAUAGUGAUACAAUACUCACGGAUGGAGGUAUGAAGCGUUUGUGUCCACCGACUAUGAGUGCUCACCAUCCAGAUUUCGGGAAAUGAAAAUGAGCGAAAAUAAUGAGUUUGAUUCGAAGAAAAAUAAAAUUGGUAAUCGUUUCGAUUUUCAUUAUUGCAGAGGCGGUAUAUUCAUAUGCAGAUAGUAAUAGUGCAAUAGAAAAGUGUAACAGUACACAUUCAGACUGUUUAAAAUGUGAUACCGAUGGACUUUGUAAAAAAUGUAGGAAAGUAUUGAUUGUCGCUACAGGUCAAUGUGCUGAAACUUGUCCAUCGGGGUAUGAAUUCACAUGGUCCACAAAUUAUCAUCAAAUGGGCCGCGUGUGCUCAAUAAUUGAUAAGACUAUAUUUGGAAAUAUAAAAUUGUCGGGUCAAGUUGCUGCAAUAACUGUUGGAGUCGUCAUAGGAUUUCUUAUAGUGUCAACUAUCUUAUUGGUUGUAGGAAUGGUAGUCAAAUUUAAAAAAUGUUCAAAUAUUAGGUCAAAAUCUCGUAUGUCACCUAGUUUAGGACCCUUGACUAGUGGUUCUCACCAAAGCCAAGAAAGUGAUGACUGUGACAGAUUGGAGUUUUUUAAACAGUUAGAAAAGUUACGACCUGAUGCACCAGUUUUCUUAUCAAUGUUAAAUGAAACAAGAAAACAAGUUCGAGAACUUAGAGGUCCUAGCCGACAACAUUCCGCAAUUCAAGCAUAUCGACCAGUUUUAAAAGAUUUAUCCAGAAUCUUAAUACUGUUAAAUAAAGAAGAUUGUUUCUUAAACCCUCCUUCUGAUUGGGAAAUUUUAUUGGCGUGGGGCGAUAGAGUCUUGCGAAGAUACAAAAAACAACAUCCUAUAAUGGUUACUCAAACAAAUUCAAACGAGCAUUUUAGUGAUAAACCAAUUCAGUUGACUACUUUUACAAACAGUAAAAAACAUAGACCGUUAUCAGCAUCUUCAUCAUCACCAUCUCGCAUUAAACAACUCGCAAUCUCAGUCUUUGAUGAUAAUUAUAAUGAUCACAACAGACAUCCAGACGAGAAUGAUGAGGUGAUUAUGCUACGAGAAAAGACUGUAUCAACUUUUGGUCGAUCCACUAGUCCUGCUUCUCUUUCAUUAUUAGAAGCGAAUGCAUCUAAAAGUAUGUUAGUAGCUGAGUGGAAUGCUGAAAUGCCUCCCUACAAUUGUUACUCAACUGCAACUGAUGAAGAUGAUUUUUUCACUCUUGGCUUCAGACCACAAGAUGAAAUAACAACAGAACUUUAGCAUUUAAUAAUGGUCUGUACAUCACUUUUAUUUACUUAAUUUUAUAAAAAUAUGGUUGUUGAUUAUUCUGGUUCAGGUAACAACUACCAAAACUAUUUCUAAAUUAUGUAUAGAUUAUGUAUAUUUAUAAAUUUGUUUUUUUGUACCAAAAAGAAUAUCAAACAAUGUCUAUUUACUUAUGCCAAUAAAUUAUUUUUUUAUUUUUUUAA